AUGUCCUUCCUCAUGAUCAAAGCAGUCAAAUUCGGCUUCAAACAAGUCCAGAAACGCAGACACCCCGACCAACAUAACGUCUGGUACGAGAACGACAUGACCGAAAAAACCAUCUUCACCCCGGACGGUGCCGGCACCGCCGAUGCUCCUGCUUACGGUCGUGGUGGUGGUCGUAUCAGCAACAACCAGCGCGGCCGCCGUCGCCGCCAGCAGCAACAAUAUCCCCCGCAACCCCCCAAAUUCUACAUCAACCUCACCCUCCGCCUCUUCCAAUUCGCCAUGGGUCUCACCAUCGUCGGCCUCUAUGGCAUAGACCUACACCACGCCACCGAAAAGGGCGUCUACGCCGACCCGAAAUGGGUCUAUGCCGAAUGGACAUCGUGCGUUUCCGCCAUCACGGCUGGCGUCCAUCUCUUCUCUCUCUGGUAUUUGGAGCGCAGAAAGGGCCCCUCAGCAGCCAUAACCUCGUAUGUGAAGAUGCAUCUGCCGUUCUUCGUGUGGGAGGUGAUUUUGUGUAUAUUUUGGUUGGUGUUGUUUGGUAUCUUUGGGAAGAUGUAUAUCUCCGAGGAUGCGGAGGGCCAGUCGGGGAUUAAGCGGAUGAAGCGUGCGGUGUGGGUGGAUUUUAUGAAUUUGUUACUGUGGGCGACGACUGCUACGGGCUGUGGGUUGAGGUGGUGGAGGGCCUUGACUUCGAGGGAUGCUCAGACGCAGGCUGGUGAGGACACGCUUGAUGUUAGGGGUGGUGCUGGAGAUGGGGAAAAUCAUUGGGAUGCGGAGAGCCAGCGGAGUGGUCCUCGGCGGGCUCACUAUCAGGGGAAUGCUAUACAGCCGGUCGACGUGGAGGAGCCUGUAUAA